AAACUAAGCGGUUUCAGCACGGUGGGGUCCCGGGGAUGUGGGGGAGCGGGGCUGCGCCCAGGGCAGCGGGCGGUGCGCACCGCGGGACUCGAGCCGCGGGGGUACCGCACACGGCAGCGGCGGUGCCGCACCGGCCCUGGAGCUCCUCGGGACGUGGGUGGGCGCUGACAGCCCUCGGGCCGGGUGACCGCUGCGCUGGGGCCCUGCGGGGACACAAGGCCGGGCCCUGUCGGACGCGAUGGGCGGUUUUGCUGAAGGGAUGGGAAACUGAAGGUUGUUCCCGUGCAAAGGGAGUGACCCUCGGCCAGGGCUGCUCUGUAAUUCGGGGCUUUCCAGCGCUGCGUGCAGCCAGUGUAGCAGCUGGGCAGGCCCUGUGCCUCCCGCCCCAGGGCAGGGAUGGCCGGCAGCAGCCAGGAGCGGAGCCUGCGGGAGGAGCUGACCUGUGCCAUCUGCUGCGAGCUGUUCAGCGAGCCCGUCAUGCUGGACUGCAUGCACCACUUCUGCAAGGGCUGCAUCCAGGAAUACUGGGACAGCUGUGCCCACGUCCCCUCGUGUCCCCAGUGCCGCCGCAAGUUCCCCAGCCGCGCUUUCCGCACGCAUUACCUGCUCGCGGGGCUGGUGGAGAAGGUGCGGCGCUGCGGCUCCGAGGAGCAUCAGCAGAAGAUGCAGAAGCACCUGGAAGAUGCUUUGCAAGCUCGUCAGAAGGAGAUGGAGAACUUGCUGCAGAGGAAGCGUGUGGUGCAGGAGGACAUCUGCAGCCUGACGAAAGUGUCUGGGGAGCUGAACUUCAAGAUUCAGUCUGAGUUUGCUCGCCUUCAUCAGAUCUUGGAGGAAGAGGAGAGAGCUGUGCUGGCAGAGCUGGGUGAGAAGGAGGAGCAGUCACUGGCCCAGCUGCACAGGCACGUUGGCCAGCUGGAAGAGGGGAUGGAAGUGCUGCAGAGGGGCAUUGAGCACAUCAAGCUGACCCUGAGCAAGAUGGAAAAUGUGUCACUGCUGGAGGUGGAGAGCCUGGAUAUCAGGCCCUUGGUGCAUGUUGAGAUGCAGCCUGCCCUGGACCUGCAGCACUACAGGGACAGCCACAGUGGUCCCUUGCAGUACAUCUUCUGGAGGCAGAUGCUGCGCUCCAUCUGCCCUGCUCCUGCCCCACUCACCUUUGACCCUGAGUCGGCCCACCCCAACCUGGUCUUCUCCAGAGAUCUGACAGCAGUGACAGAGAGGAAUCAGGCCCAGCCUGUCCCCGUCAGCCCUCGGCGCUUCCGUCAGUGCGUCAACGUGCUGGGCUCGCAGGCCUUUGACAGCGGCCAGCACUACUGGGAGGUCUGGGUGGGCAGCAAAACCAAGUGGGAUCUGGGGGUGGCUGCUGAGACUGUGGACCGGGCAGCCAAGGUCAAGCUGUGCCCAGAGAACGGCUACUGGACACUUCGCCUGCGGAACAGGACAGAGUACUGGGCCACUGCCACCCCCUGGGUGCGCCUGACUCCCCGCCAGCCACCGCGGAAAGUGGGCGUCUUCCUGGACUGCCAGGAGGGCACUGUCACCUUCUUUGAUGCUGGGAACAUGUCCCACCUCUUCACCUUCCACCAGGGCUGCAACAAUGGAAAGAUCCCAUCGGUCCCACAGUCGCCCUGCGUUUGUGAUGGAAAAUUCCCCGCCGUGGCAGGGCGAGCGCUCCGCGGUGUCCUGCCCUUCCAGCCAUUAGAUGGCAGCAUGGACGGGCUGGUCCCGGCCACCGCCGCCUGCACCGCGCCGCCUUCGACUGCAGCGGGUGGAGGAUGCCAAAAUCCAGUGACUUUUGGGGUGCCAGAAGAUGCCUCUCCCCUCAACCCCGUGUCAGACCCUCUGCUCCUCUCUCACUCAGCUUCUCCAGGCACGCUCUGACUGCGCUUCGGCCAGCAGUGGUGCCCUGUGAUUCGUUCCCCUGUCACUGUCCAGCGCUCAGCACCGCUCACCUCUCAAGGGCGCUGACCCCGAUGCUGUCCCCAGUGUGGGUGCACUGUGUGGCUGCCCCGUCUCUGAUCGCAGCCCCUGGGGAGGGGUCUGAUCCCUCAACUUCAGCUCUUCACUCCUUACUGCUGGGCAGUGCCGCCCCUCUGUGACAUUCCAGCGCUCCCUUACCAUGGCAAGUUUUGGAAGUCUCUCCUCAAGAGUGUAGGGACUUGGACACCCACCUGGGGUGAAGGGACUCGGGCGCUUUCUGCUCUGCUGAGAUCCAGGAGGGAGGUGAUCCAAAAUGAGUGCGCUCAAGAGCUGGCACUCUGGGUUUAAAAUUCACUAAUCAGGAUGAGAAUUAGGCAACGUGAGAGUUGUGUGCACCAGAAGUUUUCCUGCCUUUUUGAAGCCAUGAGCACAUGGCUUUCAUUCAGGCUCUUUCUUCACUGCCUACCAGUGAGCGUAAUUAAUAAUCCUCCGGGGCGCAGCUCGGGGCCGUGUUAAUUUAUCUGUUCAGCGCUCGCUGGGUGCACAGGCAGCUGGCCAGGGCUGUGCCGGCCGUGCUCCCAAAGCUCUGCCAUCGCCUCCGCCUGUUCGCAGCCGCUUCGCUCCGAGCCGGAGCCGCUGUCGCUGGCAGUGGCAGCGGUGUGGGGGCAGCGCCGCUGGCACCAGCGGGACGGCACCGCUCGUCUGCCAACGCCACGGGCGGGUGGGGUUCGGUUUGGUUUGGUUUGGUUUGGUUUGGUGUGUACCUGCCAGAGAACCGUGCGGGUGCCCCACCGAGCCGUGCUGAGCGACAGUGGCUGUUCCAUGCUGCUGGCGCUGUGCACGCGUGGACGGCGUGAGUGGAGGGCCCUACUGCACCCCCGGUGAAUAAAGGCGCAAGUGUG